GGUAUCAGUAGGAACAGGAAGAGUACCUGACCAGGUGGACCAGGACGACUCGUUAGAAGAACCAUCAUGGCACUCCAAUGGGUGAAGCCGUGGAUCGCUCUGGUCUUCGGACUAUCUGCUGCACAUUCUGAGACUGUUAUGAUUCCAGACAUGACUUCCAUUGGGAGUCUAUAUGAUUCCAAACUGCAAAUCGUAUCAGCAGGAGCAAGUCCCACUCAUAACGGGCAGGUCUGCAGCACAUGGGGUAACUACCACUACAAAACCUACGAUGGAGACCUCUUCCAGCUGCCCUACACCUGUAACUACGUGCUGUCGUCGUUGUGUAAGAGCAGCAGUGGCUACGAGGCCUUUAACAUUCAGCUGCAGCGCGGGGAGGUAGAUGGGCUGCCAACCAUCACCAAGGUUUCGUUGAAGCUGGAUGGAACCUUCGUGGAGCUGGCCAACGGUAACGUCAGCGUCAACGGAUUACAGGUCACCAUACCGUUUGGUCAGUUUAACGUCUUCAUUGAGAGGACCGUUUCCUAUGUGAAGAUCACAGCCAAGCUGGGGUUAGUCAUCAUGUGGAAUCAAGAUGAUUCCCUCUGGGUGGAGCUGGACUCAAAGUUCCAGAAUCAUACAUGUGGGCUGUGUGGAGACUUCAACGGAGUCCAGAACGAGUUCAAUAGGAAUGAUGAUUAUCUGAAGACAAUCGACUAUGCUGAUAUUUGGAAGAUGAAUGGCCCAACAGAAACCUGUACAGAAAUCCCUGUUCACACUGAGCAGUGUGAAGACCAGACCAAACUUUGUGAGCAGCUUCUCACCAGUCUUGCCUUCAGUAGCUGUAAGGACCUGAUUGCCACAGACUCCUUCAUCAAGGCCUGUGCAGAAGACAUGUGUCACUGUGGCAACAGCAGCAGCAGUGUCACCUGCGCCUGUCCCACCCUGUCAGAGUACUCCCGCCAGUGUGCUCACGCAGGGGGGAAACCCCAGGAGUGGAAGACCGACCAGUUCUGCUUGCAGACGUGUCCUUUAAGCAUGCAGUACCAGGAGUGUGGUAGUCCCUGCACUGAUACCUGCUCCAACCCAAAGAGGAACCAGCAUUGUGAGGAACACUGCACCGACGGAUGCUUCUGCCCUGCUGGAACCGUGUUUGAUGACAUCACUCAGACUGGCUGUGUAGCUGUGAACCAGUGCUCUUGUCUCCACAACGGACAAACUUACCAGCCUGGACAAUCAUUCUCAAGAACAUGCCACAAAUGUACCUGUAUCCGAGGCCAGUGGAGUUGUAUGGAUCUAGAUUGCCCUGCUACCUGCUCCAUAGUGGGAGGUUCCCACAUCACCACCUACGAUGGGAAAGCCUACACCUUCCAUGGAGACUGCUCAUAUGUCCUGUCCAAGCAAACCAACAAGACUGCUUUCACAGUCCUGGGUGACAUAGUGAAAUGUGGGAAGACGGACAUUGAGACCUGCCUAAGAUCUGUAACCCUGGUGACUCCAGAGUCCACGAUGAUCGUCAUCAAGGCCAGUGGAAGGGUCUUUGUCAACAAGAUGUUUUCUCAGAUGCCGCUUUUCAUGGCUGAUGUAAGGAUCUUUCAGCCCUCUACGUUCUACAUCGUUGUGCAUACCUCUUAUGGGCUCCGUCUAGAGGUCCAGCUAACACCUAUAAUGCAGGUCUACAUCGUAGCUAGCAGUUCACACAAAGAAAAAACCCAGGGUCUUUGCGGAGACUUUAACGGUGUCCAAGCUGACGACUUCAGAACCAUCAAUGGACUCGUGGAAGGAACCGCUGUGACGUUCGCCAACAUGUGGAAGAACAAAGCAAGCUGUCCUGAUGUGGCACAGAACUUUGAGAUGCCAUGCAGUCUGAGUGUAGAGAACGAGAGAUAUGCCAAGUACUGGUGCUCAAUGCUGUCAGAUAGUAAAGGAAUAUUUUCCCAAUGCCACACCGAGAUCAACCCAAAUUACUACAAGGAAAUCUGCCUAUAUGACAGUUGUAACUGUGAGAGGAGUGAGGAGUGCAUGUGUGCUGCGGUCUCCUCCUACGUCCAUGCAUGUGCUGCUGCAGGCGUCCUGCUCAGUGGAUGGAGAAACACCACCUGUGGGAAGUACUCCUCUAGCUGCCCUGACACGAUGAUCUAUGACUACACCAUGACCAGCUGUGACCGCACCUGUCGUUCACUGAGCCAGACAGACUUUACCUGCCAGUUAGACCAUGUGUCUGUGGACGGCUGUGGCUGUGCCGAGGGAACCUACCUGAAUGACCAGGGAGAGUGUGUCCCUGCCUCACGCUGCUCCUGCUACAAUGGAGGCACAGUAGUACCCCCUGGAGCGGUCACCAGGAUCUAUGGGGCUACAUGCUCUUGCAGACAAGGGAAAUUAAGCUGUACUGGAGAACAACAACAUUUAUCCUGUGAAGAACCAAUGGGAUACUUCAACUGUUCUAGUGCAGGGCCCGGAGCCAAGGGCUCAGAGUGCCAGAAGAGCUGUCAAACACUAGACAGUCACUGUAUCAGUGCAGAGUGUGUGUCAGGCUGUGUAUGUCCUGAUGGUCUGCUGUCUGAUGGAAACGGAGGAUGCAUCAAGGAAGAUCUAUGUCCCUGUUCUCACAAUGGAGUCUAUUACCAACCUGGACAUGUGCUCAAAGUAGACUGCAAUACCUGCACUUGCGAAGGCAGAAAAUGGCAGUGUACCAAUAAGCAGUGUGAUGGGAUGUGUGCCAUAUAUGGAGAUGGGCAUUUCAUCACUUUUGAUGAGGAAAGGUUCACUUUCAAUGGAGAUUGUGAAUACAUUCUUACUCAGGACUACUGCAGCAACAAUCCAAACGGUACCUUUAGAGUGAUCACAGAGAACAUUCCCUGUGGAUCCACUGGCACCACCUGUUCCAAGGCCAUCAAGCUCUUCUUGGGGAGCAAUGAGAUCAUACUAGCAGAUGAAUCUGUAAAAGUGAUCAAACAAGAGAACGGGGUUGACGUGCCAUACCAGGUCCACUCUAUCGGUCUCUAUGUUGUUGUUGAGGCUGAAAAUGGCCUGAUCCUCAUGUGGGACAAGAAGAAUAGCCUGUUCAUCAAACUCAGCUCUACCUUCCAGGGCCAAGUGUGUGGUCUGUGUGGUAACUACGACGGUAAUGGAAAGAACGACUUCACAUCCAGAAACCAGGAAGUGGUUGUUGAAGCUCUGGAGUUUGGGAACAGCUGGAAAGUGUCACCCAGUUGCCCCAACGCUGAUGUCAUAAAAAACCCAUGCACUUUAAGAUCAUAUAGGCAGUCCUGGUCUCUGAAACGCUGCAGCAUCAUCACCAGUAACGUUUUCUCAGCCUGCCACUCACAGGUGGACCCCACGCCAUUCCAUGAUGCCUGUGUGAGGGACUCGUGUGCCUGUGACACUGGGGGAGACUGCGAGUGUUUCUGUACAGCUGUAGCAGCCUACGCCCAGGCCUGUAACGAGGCAGGGGCUUGUAUCAAGUGGAGAACACCAGAUAUCUGCCCUCUGUUCUGUGAUUUCUACAACCCUAUUGGUGAGUGUGAGUGGCAUUAUAAUCCGUGUGGAUACCCCUGUAUGAAGACCUGCAAGAAUCCCUCAGGAACAUGCUCCAGUCAGAUCCCUGCACUGGAAGGUUGCUAUCCAAAAUGUUCUUCGGCCCAGCCUUAUUUGGAAGAAAGUACCAUGAAGUGUGUCACUAAGAAGGACUGUGGUUGCUACGAUGGAGAUGGAACUCAUUACAAUGAUGGAGAGGUUAUACCUUCUAAGGAGAACUGUCAGACAUGUCGUUGCUCAUCGACUGAGGUCAGAUGCAGCUAUGAUGUCCAAGCUUGCUAUUGUUUAUACGACGGCAGAACAUACCCUUAUGGAGCGACCAUAUAUCACACAUCUGACGGUGAUGGGACCUGUAUUACUGCCACCUGCAAAGAGAACGGAACUAUUGUCCGGAUUAUGAACCCCUGUCCCAGCACCCCAACAACUACACCAAGUGUUACAACAACACAGAUAUCCACUCAAGCACCGACCACAACAGUAUUUGUUUUCUCAACUCCUACCACUACCCCAACAACAACUUCUACCACUACCCCAACAACAACUUCUACCACUACCCCAACAACAACCCCUACCUCUACCCCAACAACAACUUCUACCACUACCCCAACAACAACCCCUACCCCAACAACAACCCCUACCAUUACCCCAACAACAACCCCUACCCCAACCCCUACCACUGCCCUCACAACAACCCCUAUUUCACCAACAACCACUUCACCCACUACUACUCCACUCUGCUUGACCAAGAUUGUCUGUGAAUGCUACUUCCGCAACAACUCCUACCACUACCCCAACAUCAAAACCUACCACUACCCCAACAACUACUACAACUACUACACCAACAUCUACUACAACUACCCCAACAUCAAAACCUACCAGUACCCCAACAUCUACUACAACUACCCCAACAUCAAAACCUACCAGUACCCCAACAUCUACUACAACUACCCCAACAUCAAAACCUACCAGUACCCCAACAUCUACUACAACUACCCCAACAUCAAAACCUACCAGUACCCCAACCACUUCAACUACCCCAACAUCAAAACCUACCAGUACCCCAACAUCUACUACAACUACCCCAACAUCAAAACCUACCAGUACCCCAACAUCUACUACAACUACCCCAACAUCAAAACCUACCAGUACCCCAACCACUUCAACUACCCCAACAUCAAAACCUACCAGUACCCCAACAUCUACUACAACUACCCCAACAUCAAAACCUACCAGUACCCCAACAUCUACUUCAACUACCCCAACAUCAAAACCUACCAGUACCCCAACCACUUCAACUACCCCAACAUCAAAACCUACCAGUACCCCAACAUCUACUACAACUACCCCAACAUCAAAACCUACCAGUACCCCAACAUCUACUACAACUACCCCAACAUCAAAACCUACCAGUACCCCAACAUCUACUUCAACUACCCCAACAUCAAAACCUACCACUCCUACCACUACCCCAACAGCAAAUACUACAACUACUUCAACAUCAAAACCUUCCACUACCCCAACAACUACUAUAUAUUCUUCAACAUCAAGACCUACCACUACCCCAACAAGUACUACAACUACUUCAACAAUUACAUCUACCACUAUCCCAACAACAACUACUACAACGACCCCAACAUCAAAACCUACCACUACCCCAACAACUACUAUAUAUUCUUCAACAUCAAGACCUACCACUACCCCAGCAAGUACUACAACUACUUCAACCAUUACAUCUACCACUAUCCCAACAACAACUCCUACCAGUACCCCAACAUCAAAACCUUCCACUACCCCAACAACAACUACUACAAUGACCCCAACAUCAAAACCUACCACUACCCCAACAUCUACUACAACUACUUCAACAACUAA